AUGGCUACAAUGUCUAACGAUGAGUUAAUAGAGAUAUUGUCUUGGUUACCUGCAAAAGCAAUCCACAAACUCAAAUCUUCUUCAAAACUCUUUUCAGAGCUUCCAAAAACUCCAUACUUUGUAGCAAAACAAGCAGAAAACUCAUUGAAGAAAAAUCGUCCUUCAUGCUUCUUCAUUCAAAGAGAUGACAUUCUGACUCAUAACGACUACCUCAAGUUGCAUCCUUUGCCGGGACAGGAACUUUCCUCCGGCAUCCCUGAAAACAUGCUACGAUUCAUCGCAAGCUCACGGCUCAAGAUUCUAAGCUCAAGCAACGGUUUACUCCUUUGUGUUCAUCGAUCAGAAUUGUUUAUCAUCAAUCCAUCAACUUGUUACCUUUUAUACAUUCCCCUCCCCAACCACUUGCAGCAGCGAAGGAAUCUUCAUAGUUUGUCCAUGACACUGGAAUGCGACUCUGAUGAUUACAGGUUGAUUCUUUUUGACAAUGAAGAAUGGAGUUCACAUUUUGAUUGCCAUGUUUAUAGUCAUAAACAAGGUGCUUGGAACUUAAGGAAGAACAGUUUCUUUGCUGGAUCUAGGGAUUUGAAAUUUGACAUGCCUGUGAUUUGCAAUGGCGCCAUUCACUUCAUCUCGGAUUGCUACAGUUAUCUUGCUAAAGAUAGCACUCAUUAUAGGCCUUAUAUCAUGUCCUAUGAAAUCACAAACGAGGAUGAAGAUGGAAGUGUUGAAACCAAGUUAUUAAGGCUUCCUAAAGAAGCAAGAAGGGGCUCCCAUGAUGACAGUUGCCAUAUGAAUAUUUUCAAAUGGGGAGAAGUUGCUGGCCAUCAAACUAUUUGCUUAGUGAGAUUGAGAAAGCGUGUGUUUACGGUUUGGAUUCUAACAAACUAUGAAUCGAGUUCGUGA